AUGAACGGCUGGCGGAUGGAGAAACUCAUCUUCGCCGUCGAAAUCCACUGUCCGAUCGAUAUUCCUCUAUUUGUUAUUAAGGUUGGAAAAUUUUUUAUUCAAGUUGAAAUUUCCCCUCAAGAGCUCCCUAUGAGUCCGUGCGGUGGGGCGAACAUUCAACCGAAUUUGAAAAAAGUCGAUUUGAAAGUUCUUUUUCUUUUCUUUUCUAUUUCUUCUUUUAUGUACAAUCCACUGUUUGUGAAAUAAAUUAACGGUACGUUAUUUUAAAUUUAUGAGUGGAUAAUGUAACAGAUACGUGUUCAGAUAAAUUUCUACUUUUUCAGUUUUUUGAGAGAUUCAGUUUUUCUUCAUUUUUUUUUUGAUGGAGAUCGUUAUUUUUCAAUGUUUUGGAAGCUAGUAUAGAUCCAUAUAAACAUCAGAAAAAUAUGAAAAAAGAAAAAAACUUCUUUGCGAUAAUAUUGAACUUCUAGAUUGACCGAACCGCUCUCAAGUGGUUGGAAUUGCUGCAAAUUUCUGAAGAAUGCAGUGUCGACGCUUCUGGAAAGGCUACUUGGGUGUCUCCGGACGUCGUUUCCGGUACGCCUUUUUUUUUUUCGAAAAAAGUGAUUGAAAUGAUCGAUCAUGCGCUUUUACUGUACUUUGAUCCCUACUAGUUUGUUUAAAACUGUUUAUUGCAUCUUCAAUGUAAGAAUACAUGUGCAAUCGACUUUCAUUGAUUUAACUGUGUUUAAACGACGGCAGGAGCUGUGGCUUAGACAGAGAAGUUGUGAAUUUCGCUCGUAGAACAUCAGGUACAAGAGAGGUCGUAGGAAGAAGUACGGUGCCGGCUUUCCACAGGCCGAUGGCAGAGCUUGAGCCUUUUCGCUGCAUGCAGCUUCCAAUUUUAUCUACCCCGGAGGGAUGAAAGGCUUGGUCGACCUCGGGGGGACUCGAACCUACGACCUCGCGGACGUUAGAAAUGAGUUUUAG